UCUCUGCCUUUGACUUGCAGGGCCUUUUUGCAGCAAAAUAGGAAAAAACAAAACUAUGAGCCCCCUUCAAAAGGGCCUGCAAAGCUUGAUGGGUUCUUCAUUUAGGCUUUAAUUUCUUCAGAGCCAGAUGAAUUUCUUGAGAGUUGGCUGGUAAGUUGUUCUGAUUCUUCCUUAGAGAUAUGGAUUGGGUAUUUGAAGUAAGGGUAAAGGCUUUACUUUCUCCAUCUCAACAGCCAUUCUUUUUUCCUCAGCCACCCCCACCUCCUACUGUUCAAUCUGGUGUUUUGGAUCAGGAUAACAAGAUUAGCCCAAGUAUUUUGCUUAUCAUCAUAAUUCUUGCUAUCAUUUUUUUCAUCUCUGGUUUACUACACCUCCUUGUUAGAUUCCUGCUGAGACCUCCCACCAGAGAUCCAGUAGAUUCAGAACAUGCUACUGCUUUACAAGGACAGUUACAGCAGCUUUUCCAUCUUCAUGAUGCUGGGGUUGAUCAAUCCUUCAUAGACACCCUUCCUGUGUUUGUUUAUAAAGCUAUUAUAGGAGUUAAGAACCCAUUUGAUUGUGCUGUUUGUCUCUGUGAGUUUGAAGCUGAAGAUAAGCUUAGAUUGCUUCCCAAAUGUAGUCAUGCCUUUCAUAUGGAAUGCAUAGACACAUGGCUUCUCUCCCACUCAACUUGCCCUCUUUGUAGAGGGAGCUUGCUUCCUGAUCUCUCUUCAAGCAAUAUCUGUUCACCCAUUGUUUUUGUUCUUGAAUCUGGGAGUGAGAGCUCUAGAGAGAUUGUUUCAGACAGAGAAGCUGCUGUUCAGGGCUUUAAUACAGGUUCAGUUACAAGUGCCCAUCUGGGUUCUAAUGGUGAGGAUGAUAGUGAUGUUUCUCAGAAAUCUUGUGAAAUUCCAGUGAAAGAGGAUCCACCUGCACCACCAGUGGUUUCGGAAGAGAGGGUUGUUCCAGUUAAGCUUGGGAAGUUCAUCAAUGUCGACGGCGGAGGUGGCGGUGAGGGAAGUAGCAGUAACAGCAAUGUAGAUGCAAGGAGGUGCUUUUCUAUGGGUUCUUUAGAGUAUUUUAUGGAUGAGGGCACUUCAUUGCAGGUACCCAUAAGACCUCCAACUAAGAAGUAUUCAACCAGGAAGCCUUCUCUGCAAUUGAUGCCUGGCCACAGAACUGCAAUGUCUGAAUGUGGUGGUCAUUCUUGUAGGGAAGGAUUCAAGGGAUUUGACCCUGUAAAGGGUCGUAGUGAUUUCCAAGGAGAAAGCAGUAUUGGAAUUGGAACUGCUGUUGAAAGGACUAAAAAAGAGAGCUUUUCUGUUUCAAAGAUCUGGCUUCGAUCGAAGGAGGAUAAGCCGGCGACCACCGGAGAUUCGUCGAGGCGGGCUUUCUCUUUCCGAUUCCCAUUGAAUCGAAAUUCGUCGGAUGAUUUGAAGGCAAAGCAGAACAACAGCAGUACAAGGACUAUUUCAGAGAUCGAUGUUGGCAGGUGGGAGAGUGGAGGGGGGAGUGAAUUGGGUUUGGAUGAAGAAAUUGGUAGCUGUAUUAGUAUGGAUUCUCAGGCCAAAACCCCAUCUUUUGCAAGGAGAACACUGCUUUGGCUCGUAGGAAGACAGAACAAGGUGGUUCAUUCAUCCUCUUCACAAAAUUUCUGAAUCUUUUAGAUUUUAAUCUUUGGAUUAAUUAGUUUUGGAAUCCAGAGUUUUGAAGGGAAUGGUAGAAAUGAGACAUAGGAACAUUAGAGAAAUCAAAAACAGAAAAUGAAAGAGAUGUUAAUAGACUCCAAUACAAAAUCUGUCCAACUUGGCUUCUCUAUCAACAAAUUCACAAUCUUAAAUGUCUUCAGUUGAUU